GAGUUGAAGUGCAAUGAAUAUAAGAAAGAUAGGGGUUAGGGGUGGGGCCAGCGUGCGGGUCUGCCGCGUGCAUUGAAGGCAGCGGACGCUCAGUUCCAAAGAUGGGAAUUCACGUUGCUGCCUCUCUCUAUUGCCCACUGCCCCACGCUCCAUCUUCUCUGUUCUCUGCCCCCCUCGCUCCCUUUUGCUCGAUUCACCGACGAAAAGACAGGGCACACCCAGAACCUCCAAGCUUCGGCGCAGAAAAUCAUCUCUACUUUUUAGCUUAGAAAGGUUUCUUCCUCUUCCUCCUCUUCUUCUUGGCAUUGUCCUAAUGGAAGAUGGUGAGUGGGUUCUGGUGCGGCGCCCCACAGAGAAGGACUGGUGGAGCCCCAGCUCGGUGGUGGAUGCAGAACAGAGUUCUCCGCCGCUCAAGGUCAGGUUCUCCGGCCCGGCCGAGUACUGGACCGACGCCAUUCCCAUCGGCAAUGGCCGCCUUGGAGCCAUGGUGUGGGGCGGCGCCAAAUCAGAUACCCUCCAGCUCAAUGAGGACACUCUAUGGACGGGCACUCCUGGCAACUAUACUGAUCCAAAUGCUCCGAAGGCACUAGAAGAGGUCAGAAAACUUGUUGAUGAUGGCAAAUAUGCUGACGCUACGGCAGCAGCAGUCAAGUUGUCUGGAAACCCUUCUGAUGUUUACCAGCUUCUGGGUGACAUAGUGCUGGAAUUUGAUGAUUCCCAUGCUGCAUAUAGUAAAGAAACAUACAAAAGAGAGCUAGAUUUGGAUACUGCAAUAGCAAAAGUAAAGUAUUCUGUGGGUGACAUAGAAUUCACAAGGGAAUAUUUUGCAUCGAAUCCUGAUCAAGUGAUUGUGACAAAAAUAUCUGGAAGCAAACCUGGGUCUGUGUCCUUCACAGUAUAUCUUGACAGCAAGUUAAAUCAUCAUUCGCAAGCAAACAGCAAUACUCAGAUUAUUAUGGAAGGAAGCUGUCCUGGCAACAGGAUCCCACCAAAAGUUAAUGAAAAUGAUAAUUUGAAAGGAAUUCAGUUUUCUGCUGUUCUUGAUGUACAGAUUAGUGAUGGCAAGGGGGAGAUACAGGUUUUGGAAAACAAGAAGUUGAAGGUCCAAGGUUCAGAUUGGGCUAUUUUGCUUCUGGUGGCAUCAUCUUCAUUUGAUGGGCCAUUCACUCGGCCAUCAGAUUCUAAGAAGGAUCCUACUUCACAGUCCCUUAGUCAAUUGAAAUCAAUAAGAAAUUUGCCAUAUUCUGAUCUGUAUGCACGUCAUUUGGAUGAUUAUCAGAAACUCUUUCACCGUGUUUCCCUGCAGCUUUCUAAAAGCUCAAGGAGUGUACUAAUAGAUGGGUCUUCGGGGAUGAAAGAACAGAAAUAUUCACAUUUGAAAGGAAGUGAAGAUGAUACUGUUCCAACUGCAGAGAGGGUGAAAUCUUUUCGAACUGACGAAGAUCCUUCCUUUGUGGAACUUUUAUUUCAAUAUGGUCGCUAUUUGCUUAUUUCUUGUUCACGGCCUGGAACUCAGAUCGCCAACUUACAGGGUAUAUGGAACAAGGAUAUUGAGCCAGCAUGGGAUGGUGCUCCUCACUUGAAUAUUAAUCUUCAAAUGAAUUAUUGGCCUUCCCUUCCUUGUAACCUAAGCGAGUGCCAGGAGCCCUUGUUUGAUUACAUUGCCUCUCUAUCAAUCAAUGGGAGUAAAACAGCAAAAGUGAAUUAUGAAACAAGUGGCUGGGUUGUGCAUCAAGUGUCUGAUAUAUGGGCGAAAACAUCACCAGAUCGAGGUCAGGCUGUGUGGGCUUUAUGGCAAAUGGGUGGAGCAUGGCUUUGUACCCAUCUAUGGGAGCAUUAUACGUAUACAAUGGACAAAAGUUUUUUAGAAAAUAAGGCAUAUCCCUUGUUGGAAGGAUGUGCAUCCUUUCUGUUAGACUGGUUGAUUGAAGGCCAAGGAGGAUAUCUGGAAACAAACCCAUCAACUUCCCCAGAGCAUAUGUUUAUUGCACCAGAUGGCAAGCCUGCUAGCGUGAGCUACUCAACAACCAUGGAUAUGUCAAUUAUAAAAGAGGUUUUCUCUGCAUUUGUCUCUGCAGCUGAGAUUUCGGGAAGAAAUGAUGAUCUUGUUGAGAAGGUCCAAAUGGCUCAAACAAAGCUGUCUCCCACAAAAAUUGUUAGAGAUGGUUCCAUCAUGGAAUGGGCACAAGACUUUCAGGACCCAGAAGUGCAUCACCGACAUGUAUCACACCUAUUUGGCCUUUUUCCAGGGCACACAUUAACCAUUGAGAAGACUCCAGAUCUCUGUAAAGCUGCAGACUAUACACUUUAUAAAAGAGGAGAAGAUGGUCCUGGAUGGUCAACCACAUGGAAAACUGCUUUGUGGGCUCGUCUACGGAACAGUGAGAAUGCGUAUCGGAUGGUCAAGCAUUUGAUUAAUUUGGUGGAUCCUGCUCAUGAAAGCGAUUUCGAAGGAGGGCUUUAUAGUAACUUGUUCACUGCUCACCCUCCUUUCCAGAUCGAUGCCAACUUUGGUUUUUCAGCGGCGAUUUCAGAAAUGCUUGUUCAGAGCACGAUGAAGGAUCUGUACUUGCUUCCUGCACUUCCCCGUGAUAAAUGGGCAAAUGGUUGUGUCAAAGGAUUAAAAGCACGCGGUGGUGUGACUGUCAGCAUCUGCUGGAACGAGGGAGAUCUUCAUGAAGUUGGCAUUUGGUCAAAAGACCAGAACACUCUCAAAAAACUACAUUAUAGAGGUAUAACAGCGACAGCAAAAUUGUCAUCUGGCAGAGUUUACACAUUCAACAAGCAAUUAAAAUGUGUGAAGACAUACUCUAUUGAGGAGGAAGUGAUUUCUCCCUGAUUGCUAACAUCUUGGAUCUUACCAGCACCAUUGUUUUCAUCAUUCCCUCUAAAUCUGCGAAGGAACUUCAAUUUUUUUUCCCCUUCUCUUUAUCAAACCUUGCUUCAUAUUUUUGUGCAAGGUUCCGGGUUUCCUUUUUAUUACUUUAGCUCUUAAAUUUUCAUUGAGCGCAUUAGAAUUAAAUGUCAUUUACUAUGGAAAUUUAUUCAAGUUCUUUCCAUUGUCAUUAUUCAACUUUUCCUAUUUUAUGUGCAAUGAGAAUGAAUAAGAGAGUGGUGGCGAAUGCUGUGUUAUUAUUAA